AUGGAGCAACCACUACCGAAGAGUUGGAGCAUACACACCCGACCCGAGAUCAUCGCCAAGUACGAUAUCCUGGAGCGCGUAGGUUCAGGCGCCUACUCCGACGUCUACAGGGCGCGUCGACUCUCCGACAACCUCAUAGUCGCCCUCAAGGAAGUCCACGACUACCAAUCGGCGUUCAGGGAAAUCGAGGCCUCGCAAAUGCUUCAUAACUGCCCCAACAUAGUCGUCUUGCACGAGUACUUUUGGCGGGAAGACGAGGAUGCCGUGCUCGUCUUGGAGUUCUUGAGGACCGAUUUGGCGGCGGUUAUCCGCGACGCGAAAAAGAAGGAAGGUGGGAUAUGGGUCGGUGAAAUUAAGAGGUAUGGAGAUGGAGCUGAAGAUGUGCUAGCUCUAGAAUCAAAUGGAGACUACACCAAAGAAAUUGGUUACCUUAGGUUCUCUGAUUACAACAACAGCAUAAAAUGCAACAUUUCUUCAGAGAAUCUGUUCAACAAUGUGUGGUACCAAGCUGAAGAGAUAUUCUCAGUGGAUGGGGUUCCAGAACAAAGACAGCAUGCGUUCUGGGUUCCAGUCAACGACCACUACUUUACCACUGCAGAAAGAGUUGAGGUUUUGAGACUUGGUGGAUGCGCGAAUGCAACUUGCUUACCAAGACCACCGAUGGUGGUGAGAGUAGAAAGAGAGAUCAGCUCCAACAUCUUUGUGGACAACAGAGCUUAUCGUGAGUUGUUGAACGCCAAGUUCAAUGCAACAGCAAUCGACAUGGAGACGGCUGCAGUUGCCCUUGUCUGUCACCAACAAAACACGCCCUUCAUUGCAUUCAGAUCCUUGUCUGAUUUAGCCGUUGGGGUUUCUGCCUUGUCCAAUGAAGCCUCUGCGUUUGCCUCUUUGGCAGCUCAAAAUGCAGUUGAUGUUCUUAUUAGCUUCACUUCCUUGUUAUCUUCAUAAGCACAUGCCACCAGUUUCUUUCCAAGCCAUUUCUUUUGAAAUUUUUAAAUGAUAAAUUGAUUGCUAGUUU